CGCUGACCGUUGUGCGUUAGUGGAAAUCCACUUUAUUGUCAUCCAAGAUGACAACUUUGGACGAUAAAAUUCUCGGUUUAAAAACCCAAAAUUACGUAUCGAGCUCUGAAAGUGAAGGAGAAGAUGAGGAUGAUAAAAUUUUAGACGAUGAAGACCCUAGAGACGAUAACAUCGAUCUAAGUGAUGUAGCAGCUCCUUCGGAUUUUCGACUUGAAGUUCCGAAGACAGGACCAAAAGGUGUAAUUCAAGACUAUCGUCGCUAUAAGCAACUUGAGACUGAACAGCGGAAAGAAAAAGAAAAAGAAAUUAGAGCAUUGGCACAGAAGUUUUCUGUCUCUUGCCAAAGCAGUCUUGAUGAUGAAAGAGAAAAGGAACUUCUUAAGGAGCUAGAGCUCGAUACUGAUGAAUUCAUUCAACAAUACCACUUGCAAAGAUUACUUCAGCUAAAGGAAGAACAGGAAAGAAGACUUCAACUAAACAGCCCCAAGUUUGGAAAAGUUAUUUCAUUACAGAACAAGGAUCAGUUUCUUGAUGCUGUAGAUAAAGAAAACCCAAAUGUGAUUGUUGUGGUUCAUCUUUUCAGUGAGGAUCUUCAAAGCUGUAGAGCUAUGAAUGGUUGUCUGCAGUGUUUAGCCCAGCAGUACUCUCUGGUCAAAUUUUGCAAGAUCAUUGCUAGGGAAACUGGUAUUAGCAGAAACUUUACAAAAGAAGGCCUCCCUGCUUUACUUGUUUACAAAGGUGGACAAACUAUUGGCAACUUUGUUAAGCUGGAAGACACCUUUGGACAAGACUUCUUUGCUUCUGAUGUAGAGAGCUUCUUGAUUGAAAAUGACAUUUUAACUGAAGAAUUGGAAUGCCAGUUGACAGCAAGUGUGACAGCUAAGAAAGAGGAUGAUAGUGAUAGUGAUUUAGACAUAGACUGACAAAUCUAUGUCUAACAAUCUAUUUUGAUUGUGUAGUCUGAGAGUGGCCCUAAGAAGGAUUGAUAUCAGUAUUUAGGACUGAAGUUUCAACAACUAUGGCAAUAGUCAUGAUUUUAUUCAAUUUAUUGUGUUGUAUCACCUUUAACCCUUUACCUCUCAGAAGUUGUCAAUAUGCAUAUGUAACUUCUUCCUAUUAUAU